GCAUAUCGUACAGUGGCUUGACCUCAUUUCACGCCACACCGUUUUGAAUGGACCAUAUUAAACAGUGUUGGCAACUGAGAGUUACAAUGGCUGCUAGUUAGAUACUAAAAGCAUGGCAAAGAGAACGGAAGGUAUGAUCUGAGUGAAUACAACAAGAGUUACAGUACUUGGAUUGAAGUUGUCCCCCUUUAACUGCCUCAGGAACAGAAUUAUUGACAUUUGGAGCAAAGAAAAGGAUAAAUCCUCAAGAUGGAAAUACAAGUUCGCAUAAUGGGAGAGGACAGUUGAAAUUACAUUGAUAAGAAUGAUAAACAUUGCGCAGAUAGAUGAAAAAGAUAAGAUUAGAAGUUUUGAGUAGUAGACAAAUGUUGUAUAUAAAUGGGUUCAUAGAGCUGAACCUUGCUUCAUACACAGAAGGUACAUGUAUAUUCGCAUAAAAUCCUUGAAAUAUAUAAUAUAGAAGGUUUACCUUUAUAAAUGAAUCUCAUUCUUGAUCUGAAAAUUCUCCUAUGUGAUCUGAAAAAUAACUGAGGUAAAUCUGCAUUGUGAUAAAACUCUAGAUAUUGAGUUGUCGCAGGUUUGAAAUGCCAUGUGAUAAUUACCUUGAUUAAUUUUGCCUAGUGGAGACUUCCAGAAGCACAGAAACAAAAAAAUCUAGAACUGUUUUCCCAGAUAAAGACAUUUUGAAAAUGGAUAAGUUUAAUGAUAAUGAUUUGAUGAGUAAAGUAAUGAACCGACGAUUAGGGGGUGGAACUAGCAGCUGUGAAACAUCACCAGUAAAACAACAUACCUUGUCUACAGAUAAAGGAUCUUAUACACACUUAGACAGCCAGAACUGUUUAUCUUCCAGUAAAUAUCCAAAUAAUGGAUCUACUAUGGCCAGUUUUUCAAAAUCUGAACAUCAUGAAGGUUUAACUGACAUUGAUGAAGUAGAUGGGUUUACCGAAAACGAAAUUGAAAAUGGGAAUUGUAAAGAUGUGGAGUAUGAUAAAAGUAUUGCAGAUAGAAAUGCAGAAGCUGCAGACUUUGAUGUUAAUCGUGUCAGACAGAACCAUGCCACAACUGAGAAAGAUCUGGAUCAUGGUCAUGGAGAAUAUGAAUAUGUGUUGACAAAUGAAGACUUCAGAGAUACAGCAGAACCUCGUAUUCAAAUGUAUGAUGAAUCUGAUUCCAACAGUAGUAAUAACCCUUUUAUUUUAUCAAGUUUCCAAAGUUUAAAUGCGAGCAAUAAUGCAUAUGUUCCAGAAACAAGUGCUGAAAACAAAACUGCAAAUGGUAUGGAAACGGAAGAUUAUGAUAAAUCUAGCACAGAAAAUUCUCAAGAAUUUGGAUGGAAGAGUUCAGAAAAUUAUUAUGAUAGUAGCUCCCAAAGUUCUUCACAUUGUCUAUAUCAAAAUGAUAAGGACACAGUUACAUAUGUUGAUAACUUUGAAUCUGUAAAACAGAUUAAGAAACCAAGAUCUGAUAAUUCUAUUUCAAAAUUUGAAAACUCACCAGUAUUGAAAUUAAGCGAAUCUCAACAAUGUGAUAUUUUAAAAUCAGUUUUACACUCUGAAGGAUCUGACACUGAAAAUGGAUCUCAAGAUUUUGUUAUAGACAAUAAAAUCACCAGAGAUAAGUCUGGAAACAAAAUAUCUGCAGUGUUUGGCAUAGACAAAGAAAAAGAAAAUAACUAUAAAGAGACAGACACAGGUCUAGAUGAAAAGAAAAUGACUGACAUAAACUUCAAAGAAGCUGAAAUCGAAUUUGCACUUGAGGAUAGGUCAGAUAAUAAUGAUAUAAGAAUUAAUGACAAAGAAGACGCUAAGAAAGAAAUGGUUGAAAAGUCCAUUGUAAAGAAGUCAAGGAAGCAGUAUGUCCCAAAGAGAGUAAAGAAAAUUGAAACAUCCAUAGCAAAUGGAAGUGAUGGCAGUGCAGAAGUUAUUCAAUAUAGUGAAAGUAAUGAGGUAAUUGAAAGAAACUUGUUAAAACUGAAAGAAGCUCCUGGCAAUGUUCAGGAAGCUGUUGAUGAAGGUAUUGUGAAAGAAAACCAUGAAGUAACUCCAUAUGAAGAAGUGGAACAGAAAAAAUCUGAGAAAUCCAGAAAACAAUGUAAACCACGAAGAAUUGAUCAGUUUCCAAAUAUAAAUGAAAAGACUUCAGUUCAUGAUAAUGAAAAUGAAGAAACUGAAACUGUUGGAAUUGUGAGUAACAGCAAUGAUGGUACAGAAAAAAAAUUCAGUUACAUGAAAGAAAAUGAAUUCCAAAAAAUACAGAAGGAUGAAAGCGAAAUAAUAGAAAACAAACAAAGUAAUGAAUAUGUUAGUGAAGUAAAUGAAAAUACAAGAUACAAUGACCUUGACAGAUCAUCUGAAAGUUUGGAUGAGAGUUGUAAAAGUUCUAUAAAAGAAAAUGAAGGUGAAACUACAGAAAAUGCUGUAUGUUCAUUGCAGAAUACACCAGAUAGAGGCAAUAUAAAUCACUUCACAUCGUUGAGUUCUAAUCCAUUUUAUUAUGGUUUUUCUCCCGAUUUAAAUUUGAUAUCAAGUCUGACCCCAGGAAUGCUGCAAGGUAGUUCUUCUCCUGGUGGAUUUGCUUUAGAUGAAAAUGGUCCAGAAAAUCUAGAGGUCAUUCGUCAAUUACGUGAAAUUAGGUGUAAUAGGUACCGUAAAAUAAGUAUCGCAGAAAAACGUGAAAUUUCAGCUUAUGCUAGCGCACAUGGAGUAAGCCAGGCAGCAACAUAUUAUAAUGUUUCCAAGUCAGCAGUUUCCAUGUGGACAAAAUUAGAUUUCAGUAACGCAGAUGAAGAUUCUGGGGUAAAGAGGAAAAAUUGCAUGUCUGGAAAUGAAAAAUUUGAAGCUCUAUGCCGGAAAGUGAAAAGUGAAAGGGAGAAUAAAUUUAAGGGAAUGUCGAAACAAGAUAAGUUUGAAGUAUCCAGAUAUGCAAAGUUGGUUGGUGUAAGAGAAAUGUCACGUUGUUUAGGGGUUGCGUUAGGAACAGUGUCGGGCUGGAUGAGGCAGUUUCCAUAUAAAGUCGAGACCGAGUCACCAGAUGAUUCUAAACCAAAUAAUAGUAAUAAAACAAAAGAUAAUAUUGAAAAAGGUGAAACCACAGAAGUGAAAGCACAGAAUGAAAAAAGUGUAAAGAGAAGGAAGUCGGAGCAAAAUUCAGAUCGCAUUAAGAAACGAAGAAACUCAGAAACAGUGGCACUUGAUACAGAUUCAUACAAAACUAUUCAGAAAGAUAACACAAUGUAUAUUUUACCUGUUGAUGCUAAAAUAGAAAAUGUUGAAGGAGAUCUGAAGGACAAUGAGGAAUCAGUAGAAGCUAGUGCUACAGAAAGUGAUCUGGACUGUAGUGUGGAACAGAAAGACGAACUUGAUAAAAUGAUCGCUGAGACCUGGCAGAAACCAGAUGCUGAAAAAUGUUUUGAAGAUAUAAAAGAAAUGAUUAAAGAUUCUCAGUUGGAGGGUGAUAAUUUCUUUCGUUCAUUGUUUGAUCGCGUAAUAGAAUGUAGGGCUGACAAGUACAAAACAUUAAAACCUAGUGAAAAGCUAGAAGUUGUUAGAUACGCAAAACGCAUAGGGGUGAGACGUGUUGCAAAAAUAAUGGGUUUGGCAACAGGUACAUUAUCUGGAUGGAACACAAAAUAUCAGUCAAGUCUUGGACUCACUGAUCCUAGUCUAGAUAUGUCUAAUAAAAAUGAUCUGCUUGUAUCAUAUUUAUCUCCUGACAAAGAAAUCGAAAAGGUUCCAAUGACACCAGGUGCUCUAAUGGAUAAUAAUCAAAAGUCUGAAGUCACAGCUGUGAAGUUGCUUUUUAAAGAUCGCUUUCCAACUUUGUUGCAAAAGAUUGAAAUUGCCAAACAGGUGAAAUUUAAGAAUAUAACUACAGAUGAGAAAAUAGAGUUUGUAAAAUGUUCAAAGCUUGUGGGAAUCAGGCCAACAGCGAGAGUUUUCGGUAUUCCAAUUGGAACAUUGUCUGGAUGGAUUUCAAAAUACAGCAAGUUGCUACAUCCAGCUUAUCAUGUUGAUGUGGACCAAGAAACUGCAGGAAGUUUGUCUGAUGGUUCAUCUCAAAUUCCACACAUAGGUGUGCAUAGUCCAAAUAUAGUGGGAAGGAAUGCAGGGUUUCAGGGAGGAUUGAGUUCAAAUCCAGCAUGGCCACAAAUGCCUGGUUUUAUACCGGGUGGGCAAGGAGUAGGGUUAAAUUUGUUUCCGCAGCUUCAAGGUAUGCCUUCAUCAGCAUUACCAGUAUCAUCCACAUAUUCGUCAUCAGAAUUAUUUUCCUCACCAUCAUAUACAAAUGGGACUGUUUCCGAAGGACAUUCCGAUGACACAGAAAAUGAUAGUAAACAACCGAUAACCAGUCAACGUAAAAUUUAUAAUGAUAACCAGUCAGUGAAUUUUCAUGAUAAAGGGAAUAUUUCUGAUGUGCAAGAUACAGAGAACCAGUCUAUUAAAACAGAGCCAGAAGAAUUUGAGUCACAGUCAGCCAGUGAUGAUUUUGAAAAAGAGGCCAAGUUAAUGGCUGAACAAUAUCUGACUGCAGCUUACAAGAAGAUGGGUAUUCCUAUUGGAUAAAACCUUGUCAUGGUGUAUGAUAUAAUGCUAAUUUAGUAGACACACAUUUUCAUAAUAGCCAUGUAAUACAAUAUAUUCGAAAUCUUGUCAUAAUAAUUAUGUAAGAUCAAGGAUUUACUAGAGUCAUAAUGAAAUCACAGUUUUAUUAAAUGAUCACUGUAACAUUUCUAGGAAGUUAAAAAAAUGGCAUAACUUCGGAAAAAAAAAUACAAAACAGGUUUAUGGAACCUGUACAGUGCAUGUUAGAUCGACACAGUGAAUAAGUGUGUGAAGCUUCAGUCCAUUCUCGCAAGUGGUUCAGAGGCAAAAUCUUACAAAUCAAGGACGACUUUGCUGACAAGUGGGUGACUACAAUAGCUUAUUUAGAAGUGUUUGAACAGUUGAACUAAAAAGCAAUUAUUACAAUUAAUAGGCUCCACCCCUUUCAUUAUCAUACAAACACGAGCAUUAUUUUAAAAGUCUGUUACAAGCAGGCAUUACAAGGUUUAUUAUGUUUAGUCCAUAAUAGCAUUUUAUUUCUCACAAAUUUUUUAGUAAAAAUGUUAAGGCUGGGAUUUUUUUCACAUAAUUUAUGAAAAAUUAAGUUUUUGUCUCAGUAACCAGUAACUUAAGGUAAAUGGAUUGAAACUUCACACAUUUAUUCACUGUGGUAAUCUGAUCGGAAUUCACUGUAUAGGUAAAUUAUGCCACUCUUUCAACUUGUAUACAUACAUUUAACUUUCUUAAGUGACAAGGCCAUUUUACGGCUUCAGGAAUUUAUAGCAGAGGCCAAGUUAAAUGUUUUGUUCCUGUAUAAUUAUAUAUUUUUUUGCGGAAGUGUUUACUCACUUAAUUUUCUGGAGUUAGAUUCUAGAGAAAAUCACAUUUACUAUCGUGACAUGAGAGCAUUAACUUAAUUUUAUGUUUAGGUACAGUUUGAAUAUUGUUGUAUUUUGUGUGCAAUUUUUAUAUAGUGAUAUAUUUUUUUGACACGUACUUUGAUGAUAAUACCCGGUAAUAUCAUACAUGUAUGAUCACAUGCUUUAAUGGUUGAGAUAAAUAAAUAGUUUAAAUAUUUUUUUUAUUAUGAAAUAAUUUAUUGCAAUUUCAGAGAAUUUUGACAGGAUUUUACACCAGUUUUGAAAAAUUGAAAUUAAUUUUUUUGUCAACAAGAACUAUUUGGGCAAACAUUUAAAUUUCAGGCAAAAAUUGCAAACUUAAUAAAAAUAUUCUAUGUGAGUUGGAAGCAAAGUCUGGGAAGUUUUGAUAAAACCAUACCAAAUAACUUAAAAUCCAUUAAGUGCUAGCAACUCAAGAGACAAUAUUCCUUGUUUGAAUUUUGAGAUUUUGAUUUUGAAAGUGCAUUUUGUUUUCUUUAUGCUCUUUCAUUGUUCAUUUUACGCAUAUUUUGAUACAAUCUUCUUCAGCUACACACGGCUUAGCAAUGUAAGUGCUGUUUAGUAAACAGGUUAAACAUGUCUUUGUGAUUACCUGUGUUGAGCAGCCAUUCAGCUAGCUUUGCUAAAUUUAUGCUUGUUCCAAUUUUCACCCAACUUAAGCAGCCUUGUUGACUUAUGUAGCUACAUUGUCUCAUUUCCUUGACUGGCAACUUAAUACUGGUUUAACUACUAUAGACAAAGUUAUUGGUAAAUUGAAUAUUUCUAGUAUCUUGAGGUUUAGUCUAAAUUUCAGAUGCUUUGGGAAAUGAGAAGUACUAGCAUGGUGUUUGUUGUGAGGUAGACCUCUAUACACAGGUUGAUUACACUACUUAAACAGUGAGUUUAUAGGGAGGUUUUAUAUCAUUGGUCUUUAUGGGGAGGUGAUGUUCGGCAUAGGUUUGACUGUAUGCCACUGAAUGACAUGCUCGUGAAAAAAAAGCUUUAUAAAUACACAGUUUAAAACUUCAUAUCUAACCUUUACACUACUAAAUUUCUAAAAUGGACUUGUUCAUCUUUUCAAUUUGGACAGUACCAUUAACUGUUAAAAGGGGUGCAUACCAAAAAGAUACUGAAUGGCGAACAAUGCCGAUCAUGAUCAGACUGCACGGAUGUGCAGGCUGACUAAGAUCUGCGCAGGUCGCAAAGCCAGAAUCAAUCGUGUCACGCAUGAUAAGGGUUACGUGUUUUGAAUUAUACACAUGUAGAUGUUUGUUUCAAUGUCAAAGCUUUUGAUGUAGUCUUCAGUAAUGUGUUUGCUUAAAGCCCUGCUCCGCAGGUAUUCAAAUUCUUUUGUGUGUAUGCAAUCCAUGAUUACAAUAGGUAACAGUUAACGGCCACGUGCAACACUUUAGCACGCAAAACCACAGGUAUUUCAUAUAGAAUUUUAUAUGAAAUAGACCCUAUUUUGACAGGCGUCACUGUUCAUAGUCAGGAUUUCCAUGCUUUUUCAGUGACAAUUCAAGGUUAAAAGGUAGGACGGGAGCAGGGCUUUAAUAUUGUACAACAUAAAGUUGUAGUUACAGUAGAAAACUGAUGGCUGGAAGUUGAAAGGGGAUGAGCAAUAAUCUCCAGUUAUCUGUGGUUUAAAUCAGUACAAAUAUAUAAUACAUAAUUAAAAGGAAAAGACAAGGGGCAAAAUAAAUUGCUUGUGUCGGUCCUGGUGCUUGAUCCAUCGGUGCUUCAGUAAGCAUUGUUUUACUGAAUAUACAUAUAAGUAAUGCUGUUGAAAAGUCAUUCUACUUUAAUUAAUCCGGCAUGCAAAUGACAGAUUUACCGGUACAAAAAAUAUUUUAAAUAAAAAAAUAAUUUUAUGAAAAUAUGCAAAAAAGCAAUCUCUUAAACACAGUGUCAUGCCGUCUGCAAACAUAAUAUUUGUGGGCAUUGAGAAUUGGAUAUCUUUUCAUGCCUUUGAUUUCAUAUUUUGUUGUUCAUUGUCAAUGCUAUUAUUAUUGUGUUGUGUUCUUGAACCAUCAGAGGGAUUUGAAAAAGUGUUAAAAUGAAAAUCUAGAUUUGUUCAUAUACCAUAUUUGUUAUGGUUUGGUGCAUAUUGAUGUUCCAAGUUUUCCAUUUAUCCCUCUGGUUUUUCAGAAUAAAAAUGGAAUUUUCUUGAAAUACUUCCCUCAUGUUUAGCUUGCACAGUCUAGCUUCUGACUGAUUUAUCAGUAAAUCCAUGUUUUGAUGCUAGAUGUAGACAUGUAUGCUAAUAUGAGCAAUAUGAUAAAAUGUUUGACCAAUUGAUUAUAAUUUUAUACAUUCCAUGUAUUUGAAUCUCCAUACAAAGCAAAGGUCUGCAAAUUGUUUGAAAUACUUUUUAUUACUUGUGUGGUUGUACAUAUUAAUUAUUGUUGUCAUGUUCAGCAUUUUUUUUGCAAGUUUGUGAACUAUUCUUUACUACAAUAUAGAUCUUUUACAAUGCUUUUAUGUAUGUUGGAAAUUGCUGCCAAGUCAUUUAUAAUAAAAUUAAUUCUUUAACUGUAAAACCUUUUCUUAAGUGCUUGUACAGUAUGUAAUGGUGACUUGAGCAGCAUUUUUGUUGAUUUUGGAAACAAUUAAGAUUGAGUUGUAUUAGAAUUUUAUAUUGGUUUAGCUACUGGUCUGAAGUCGGUCUUAUUGGCGUUAAGAUAGUGGUCAUAUUGGCCCAAGCUUAUAAAUUUUAGUGCUUUAAUUAAAUUUAUUAAUAAAAAAACAGUGAUAAAUA